AUGAUAGUUGUGGCUGAAGAAGAAGGAGAAUCUGCCAUGAAUGAGGAAUUUAUUUCAUGGCAGAGACAGGAUAGAAGAGUGACUGCGUGGCUGCUCUCUUCUCUAUCAGAAGGAGCCUUAGGUCUUGUUGUAGGCCUGAGAUCAUCAAGAGACAUCUGGAGUGCUCUUGAAACAAACUUUGCCAGUAGAUCUACUGCAAAGAUUAUGCAAUAUCGGCAACAAAUGCAAAAUUUGAAGAAGGAUUCACUGAGUAUGAGUGAGUAUAUUGGAAAAAUGAGGAGCUAUUUUGAUCUCCUUGGAUCAGUUCGGUGCAGAAUCUCUGAAGAUGAACAAGUAAUGCACAUUCUUGGAGGUCUUGGACAAGAAUAUGAUCCAGCAGUGUGUGCUAUUAGCUCAAGAUCCGAUUCAUGGAGCUUGAGAGAUACCACUGCCUUCUUACUCAUUUUUGUGUCAAGAAUGGAAACCAUGAGAUCUCACUCUUCCAACACAGAAGGCUCACAGCCUGUUCUGAAUCUGAUGCAACACCCAAAUCAAAAGAGGGACUUCACUUCUCCAUACAAUGCUAGAUCUGAUUCAGGAAUAUGA